GAAGAUAAUGUUAGAUCCCAUCAUAGACCCCGACGAUGGCGAGGGCCGUGCGAUGGAGCGUGAGGCGUUUGCGGCGCACAUGCAACAGUUCUCCGUGCGGCCAGUAACAGGCUUUGGCAAGCUAACAUCUCCGUUGCAAACGCUUCAUUCAUUAAAAGAAGCCAUCGACGUUUUUAUAGUGGACAACGGGAAACUGGAGGACGUCCAGGGCAGGCCUCCCAAGCGAGCUUGUACGGACCACGCAAGCACGCAAGCCCUCACGGCGUCCUGUGGUCCUGCUCACCCCACCACCUCCCACACCUGUACCUCUUCUGCGCCUUUGGGCGCACCUAUCGUCACGCUUUUGGAGUUUACGUCCGACGAAGUUCCCGUGUCGUACAUUUGCCCGCUUAGCCGCAAGCUGAUGCUGGAUCCGGUGCUGGAUCGGAACAACCCCGGUGUGUCUUGGGAGCGGACUGCCAUCGAGGCGCACAUGGAGGUGUACGGCAGUAAUCCGUUGACAGGCACGCCGCUGACCCCCGCUGACCUCAUUCCCGCGCGCAACAUCCGGAGCGCCAUCGGGCUGUGGAUGCGCAAGCACACGCGCGCUUUCGCAGCUGCUACUUCCGCCGCGGCUACAACUCGGACCGCAAUCGUACGACGAACCGCAGAUGUAGCUGCCUUGGAUAGCGAUGGUAUGGUAGGACAUGUACGGC